UGGGGGGCCGGGAGGGGAGCGAGGCGGGUCCCCGGUCCCAUCGUCCGCGGCCGGCGCAGGGCCGUGGCCUUACGCCUCGCAUCAUAGAGUUUCCGGAAGGAGCGCGCUAGGGGAAGGGCGCAUGCGCGCGACCGCGCCAUCGAGGGAACCGCCGCCGCCGCCGCCGCCAUGACCUCCGCCUCCACCAAGGUGGGCGAGAUCUUCUCCGCGGCCGGCGCCGCCUUCACCAAGCUGGGCGAGCUGACGAUGCAGCUGCACCCGGUGGCCGACUCCUCCCCGGCCGGGGCCAAGUGGACGGACGCCGAGAUCGCCCUCCUGCGGGCCUCCGUGCAGCGCUUCGGCGACGACCUGCACCGCAUCAGCGCCCUCAUCAAGGACCGGACCGUGGCGCAACUCAAGGCGGCCGCCAAGCGCAAGGCUUACGAGGACUCCGGGCUGCCCCCGCCGCCCCGCGCCGACUCCCCGAAGAAGCCAGCCGGCCGCAAGCCGCCCCCGCCCGCCGGCCCCGCGCCCCCGCCGCCCGAGCCGCCCGCCGCCAAGAAGCCCAAGGUGGACCUGACCCUGAGCGCCCUGAACGAGGCGGACGCGCCCCGGGAGGAGGGCGACGGGCUGGUGGGCGAGGCGCCCCCGCCGGCCAAGAAGCUCAGCUUCGACCAGGACAGCCUGAGCCUGGAGCCCGGAUUCCUGCUGACGCCCGGCGGAGCCGACCUGCCGCUGCUCUCCCGCUGAGCCCCCGCCCUCCGGAGCCCCCCCUCCCCAGCUUCUGCCCGCACCUCCGGCAGGGCCUGGCGGUAGGGGGCGCCCCACCUCAGGGUCGCCAGGCGUCUGUGCCUCUUCUUGUCCUGGAGCCCAAUAAAGGCUGCUGUGCUCUGG